GACUAGGGAGUUUUUCCCUUAGACAGGGGUCAGCUGAAAGACAAAGAAAAAUGGCGAGGAGUAUGCAAGGAGAACAGCUUCUGUUGGUUUGGGCUACAUUCUGGAUCCUCUACAGAUUUUUUUCCCUUGCAUGUCCUCAUGCCUUUUGUCCUUUUUUCUUUUCUUUUUUUUUUCUCCCCCGAGAGGGGGGAGGGUGAUUGUGUGGAGCUGAAGAGGAAAAAAAUAAUGCAUUAGCUUUCCUGCAGGAGCGAGAACUGAAUACCCAAACAAAUGAAUGUUGCUCAUGGAAGGAGUCUUUCCUAACUGAAACAUUGUGGUUUCUGUCUGCUGCUUUUUAGGAGGGAUCAGUCUUCGUUGAUUUAACCAUGUCUGCAGAUGGAGGGUUCAGUACAGGCAGCAGUGAUGCUCAGCAGAGUUUACAGUCUUUCUGGCCAAGAGUCAUGGACGAUAUCCGCAAUUUAACUGUGAAAGAUUUUAGAGUUCAAGAGCUUCCUCUGGCGCGCAUCAAAAAAAUAAUGAAACUGGAUGAAGAUGUUAAGAUGAUCAGUGCAGAAGCUCCAGUUUUGUUUGCCAAAGCUGCUCAAAUUUUUAUAACGGAGUUAACACUACGUGCCUGGAUCCAUACGGAGGACAACAAAAGAAGAACUUUGCAGAGAAAUGACAUUGCUAUGGCGAUCACAAAAUUUGAUCAGUUUGAUUUUCUAAUUGACAUUGUUCCCAGGGAUGAAUUGAAACCUCCUAAGCGCCAGGAGGAUGUCAGGCAGGCAGUGACACCUGCAGAACCUGUACAGUAUUACUUCACUCUUGCUCAGCAGCCAGCAGCCGUGCAAGGGCAGGCAGCCACCCAGCAGACCACAUCGUCCACAACCACACUACAGCCUGGGCAAAUCAUCAUUGCUCAGCCACAGCAAGGACAGAGCACCCCAGUCACCAUGCAAGUAGGAGAAGGACAACAGGUACAGAUAGUACAAGCCCAGCCACAGGGGCAGAGCCAGCAAGGACAAAGUGGUACAGGACAGACCAUGCAAGUCAUGCAACAAAUUAUCACCAAUACAGGAGAAAUACAGCAGAUUCCGGUGCAACUGAAUACAGGCCAACUACAAUACAUUCGCCUUGCACAGCCAGUGUCGGGAACACAAGUAGUACAAGGUCAAAUUCAAACGUUAGCAGCCAAUGCACAACAGAUAACACAAGCAGAUGUCCAGCAGGGACAGCAGCAGUUCAGCCAGUUCACUGAUGGGCAGCAAUUAUACCAGAUCCAGCAAGUCACCAUGCCUGCUGGCCAGGAUAUCACACAGCCACUCUUUAUCCAGUCAAGUGGUCAGACAACUGAUGGUCAAGCAGCACAAGUUACAGGAGACUGACCAAAGGAACAACUCAAGUGGACAAACCUUACUCAAGCAAAGAACAUUUACCACAUACACGACACAGAUCUACAUAUUUUAUAAUGAUUUGACAACACGUUUUGUGUGUUAAUUGAUCCAUUGGUUGUCAAGAGUUUAAAGGGAAGAGAUAGAAAUUAACACUGAAAUAUGAAAGCUGGGACCCCCUUUUGAUUAAUUUGUGAGCAUAUAUUCUGUUGCAUUUCUGAGUUGCUGCAAGGAGAAUCCCGUCAGAGGAUUUUUUUUUUUUUUUUUUUAAAUCUGUGUUCACAAAACCCUAUUUUUACAGUGCUUGCUAGGAAAUCAGUUGUGAAAGCUCAUAAAUGUGAAAACAUUUAGGUUACGGGUGUCUAAAUUAUUAUUAUUUUUUAACCUAAGGCUUGAUAUGCAUAUGGAAAGUCAUUUUUGUUUGUUUUGUUUUUUUACCCCAGCAUGACCUGACACAAAAUGAAGUUUACUACUGUGGUUCCAUAAGAUAUCCUUCAGUGUGGUCAUCCGUGCUCAUUCACACCUUCAGCUAAAUCACAAGCGAUACUGCAGCUGGUGUCUUUCUCUAGCAGACCUAUACUCGAAAUCUGGUGUUGCAUUGACGCUGUAUCCAAAAACACUUCCUCUAUUGGACCCCAUCAGGCGUCUCAAACCAGUUAAUUUUGAUAUGCCAAGUGUUCUUUAAGAGUGGUUUCCCCAUGCUUACAAGUACUAAAGCAAAUUCCAUAUAGGCUAUACAGACACACAUUGUCAUGGCCAGUAAACUUUGUUCAAUUUAUAAACUUAUAUAUUAAUAAAAAUGGACAAACAAACCACCUCAGAGGAGAAGUGUUAGUUGUAUCUAUUGUGUUUCAGGUAACUUUACAAUGUUCCUUAAAGAUUCCUUAAAAAACCUGCCAAAACCUGAUUGCUAAUCAUCCCACCUGCCGGCUAUCUUUUCCAUCUAGCAUCCCUUUAAAAAGGCUAACCCUAUAUUCUGCCAAGCUCUCAAGUCUCCUCAUCUGAUUGACUUUAGAGACCAUAUUGUCUGGCGUGAACCUUGAAUUUAAAUAUCAGAUUUUGUUUGUUAUAUAUAUUUUUUUUACACUCAUUUGUAACCUUUUGUUUUUAAAGUAUUGUGCUAGUUUGAGAUGAAUGCAUGUAUGAAAAUUAUACAUACAGCAAUAAACUUUUUAGAUACAAAUAA